AUGGCUGAACCAUCAUCUGAUGCUGCUACUGCAAGUGCAAUGAGGAAAAAUAAGGCAGACCCAGGCUGGAAAUAUUGUCAUUCACUAGUGGAAGGAGAUACAAACACCAUUGUUUGUAAUUUAUGUGGAAAAAUUACAAAGGGAGGAAUAACCCGAGCCAAACAACACUUGAUUGGGAAGUCGGGCAACGUUGCAGCUUGCAAGAAAACUCCCCCAAAUGUAGUCGAAGAGUUGAAGGAAUAUAUGGCUACCAAAAAAAGUGGGACCACUUACAGUACUUCUGGCAGUGGUAAUAUGAAAAAUAUAAAAGAUUUUGAAUUUGGUGAACCAAUUGGAUGUGAUGGAAGUGAAAAAGAUGAGUUUGCGGACUCUUGUAAUGUUGCUGCAAGUGCAAAGACAAAGUGUGGGACUAAAAAAGGACCAAUGGACAAAUUUUGUAAGAAUCCAGAAAAUGCAAUCAAUCGGAGAAAAAUGGAGAUGCUGAGGCAAAUGAACAUAAGAGAGUCAAUGGAUAAGAAUGAAGUAUUGAAGGUGCAUCUACAUAUUGCUCGCUUUUGGUACCAAGCAGGUUUUUCAUUCAACCUCAUUAAAUUGAAAAGCUUUGAGAACAUGGUUGCAGCCAUUGGUCAAUAUGGGCCACAUUUGCCCAUUCCUAGCUAUCAUGAUAUCAGAGUUCCACUCUUGAAGAAGGAAGUUGAAUAUACUGAAAAUUUGAUGAAAGGCCAUAGGGAGCAAUGGGUCAAGUAUGGUUGUACUAUUAUGUCCGAUGCAUGGACUGAUCAGAAACAAAGAUGCAUCAUUAAUUUUUUGAUUAACUCUCAAGCUGGUACCAUGUUUUUGAAGUCUGUUGAUGACUCUGAUUUUGUAAAGACAGGUGAAAAGCUUUUUGAGUUGCUUGAUGCCAUUGUGGAGGAAGUUGGAGAAGAGAAUGUUGUUCAAGUUGUAACCGAUAAUGGGAGCAACUAUGUUUUAGCGGCUUCCCUUGAUAAGGAAGACAAUUAG